ACGUCACCAUACCCCCACCACAUACUCCGGGUGUACUAUCAUCAUUCAGUUUGAUUUACGCGUAACGAUUUUAUGCGGAUUGGAGCUUGAUUCAUCUCCUUCGCAAGUUGAUAUUUCCACGAAAUUCUAAGGGUCGCCCAAGGCCAGAAAGUAAAAUGACGGAAAACAAAACAGAAUUUGACUGGGGUAAUGAAAAAUUACAACGUGCUCAGAAGACUGUCGACGAAUCACCAUACGACUUGGAAGCAUGGAGUAUACUUAUAAGGGAAGCACAGAACAGACCAAUCACAGAAGUGAGACCAGUAUUCGACAAGCUCGUUUCAGUAUUUCCAUCAGCUGGACGUUAUUGGAAAAUUUACAUAGAACAAGAGAUGAAAAUGCGGAACUUUGAAAAGGUGGAAAAGCUUUUCCAAAGGUGCCUCAUGAAAAUAUUAAAUAUUGAAUUGUGGAAACUAUAUCUUUCUUAUGUCAAAGAAACAAAAGCGAGUCUUACUACGUAUAAGGAGAAAAUGGCACAAGCAUAUGACUUCGCAUUGGAUAAAAUUGGCAUGGAUAUUCACUCUUACAGCAUUUGGAAUGAUUAUGUCAUGUUUUUGAAAAGUGUCGAAGCAGUCGGAUCAUACGCAGAAAAUCAAAAAAUCAGUGCUGUACGAAAGGUUUAUCAACGAGGAGUUAUUAACCCCAUGAUAAACAUGGAGCAACUGUGGAAGGAUUAUAUGUCGUUUGAGCAGAACAUUAAUCCAAUAAUCGCAGAAAAAAUGGCUAUAGAAAGAUCUAGGGACUACAUGAAUGCAAGACGCGUCGCUAAAGAAUUGGAAGCAGUUACGAGAGGUUUGAAUCGGAGUGCACCCAGCGUACCUCCAACUGGUCAUCCCGAAGAAGUUAAACAAGUCGAAUUAUGGAAGAAAUAUAUUGCUUGGGAACGAAGUAAUCCUCUAAGAACAGAAGAUACAUCGCUGGUUGCUCGAAGAGUCAUGUUCGCGAUCGAACAGUGCCUCUUAUGUUUGGGUCACCAUCCAGCGGUAUGGCACCAAGCAGCGCAUUUCUUAGAGCUGAGUUCUAAGAUAUUGACAGAGAAAGGUGACGUGAAUGCGGCUAAGAAUCUCAGUGACGAGGCCGCUACCAUGUUCGAGAGGGCGACAAGUACAUUGUUGUCGAAGAAUAUGUUGUUAUAUUUUGCGCACGCAGACUUCGAGGAGGGUAGAGUGAAAUACGAGAAAGUGCAUCAAAUAUAUCAAAAAUUUCUCGAUAUACCCGACAUAGAUCCUACUUUGGCCUACGUGCAAUAUAUGAAAUUUGCAAGAAGAGCUGAAGGUAUAAAAUCUGCUAGGACAGUAUUCAAACGAGCACGAGAAGACAUAAGAUGUAAACAUCAUGUUUACGUUGCCGCUGCAUUAAUGGAGUACUAUUGCACUAAAGAUAAAAAUAUAGCAUUCCGUAUUUUUGAAUUAGGGUUAAAGAAAUUUGGAGAUAAUCCUGAUUAUAUUCUUUGUUACAUAGAUUACUUGUCACAUUUAAACGAGGAUAAUAAUACAAGAGUUCUAUUCGAGAGAGUAUUAUCUUCUGGCUCUAGCUUAGAACCAGAAAAAUCAGUAGAUAUAUGGAAUCGUUUCUUGGAGUUCGAAUCUAAUAUUGGCGAUCUAGCUAGUAUCGUCAAAGUCGAGAAGAGACGAAGUGCAGUAUUGGAAAAGAUAAAAGAAUUCGAAGGAAAAGAGACUGCCCAGUUAGUAGACAGAUAUAAAUUUUUGGAUUUGUAUCCAUGUACUGCUAUGGAACUGAGAUCAAUUGGAUAUAUGGACGUCUCUAGUGUUGCUAGAAAUUCGAUUGGCGUUGUACCCCGUGUACCUGAUCCAGAAGAAGCAAUUGCAGCUUUGCCCAGACCCGAUUUGUCGCAAAUGAUACCAUAUAAGCCAAAAGUAAAUCCUUUGCCUGGUGAACAUCCGGUAUCAGGCGGUUCAUUCCCGUUACCACCAGCUGCAGCUCAAUUGUGCACCAUAUUGCCGCCACCUGGUUGCUUCAGAGGCCCGUUUGUUGCUGUUGAUUUAUUGAUGGAUGUUUUCAGUAGAAUUCAAUUACCCGAUCAUGCACCGUUGCCAGUGGCGGAUAACGGAUGCGAUACCAAGUUGUUCGAUCUCGCGAAAUCUGUGCAUUGGAUCGUCGACGAGAGUAAUGAUGGCGUAAGCAUCGGAUCGAAACGUAGACGAACGCGUUUAGGUGGCGACGACAGUGAGGAGGAAGAUUUACCGCCUCCACCUAUAAACGAUAUUUAUCGCCAAAGACAACAGAAACGAGUCAAAUGAAUGAGUGAAAAAUGAAUAACACGCAAUUGGUAAAAAUAUGAUGAAUGACUGGCCACGCGUGACGAUUCGUAUUUCUGAAUGUAUUUUUAUGAUUUUGUUUCUUGUCACCGUUGGUGAAAGAAACAGACCUAUUAUUAUCAUAAAACGUAUAUUACAUUUGUAAAGUUAUAAAAUUCCUUAUGUGACAUCGUGCACAAUAUUUUGAGUACCAUGUACUCAGAAAUUCUACUUUGCGUCCUUUAACUCUAUUCUCCUUCAUAUGUAUACAAUUGUUUAUGAUUAAAUAUAUUAUUUUAUAAAUAGAUUGAUGUAUCAAUUUACAUAUAAGAUAAAAAGAAGGACAAUGGAUACUGCCCACUUAUAGAUAGACAAAUUUCUGAUUUGUGCGUAAUCAACUCAAACAUCAAGAUUAUCUCGGUUUUAUCAAAAUCGAUAUUGUUGGAAAAUGGGAUUAUAACUAAAACUAUCAUUGUACAAGCAAUCUAUAAAUUUUGUUGCAUUUUAUGAAGAGAUCGCAUUUAAUAUUUUUACUUGAUGAAAACUCUUCUAUGCCAAUAUUCAUUUAAGAUGUAUGUAACGUGUCGUAAAGGACCAAUAAACGAUUAAUGUGAUACUACA